CUGCUGGGAGGGCCCUGGGAGCGCGGCAGCCAUGCUUUUGCUGGGCGGUCCCCACCUGUCAUCUAGUAGCGUGACUCUGACGCUAUCCCUAGGACUAGGAGAAGACAUUCCCUUGUCAACAUGGUUGUGUUUUACCACCACUCUGAGAGCAGCGGUCGAGGGCACCAAAAGGACUGAGAGGAAUGCACACCACUGCCUCCAACAGUUUGGACGGCUUAUGGAGGUGGGAGAGGGCGAGCUGGACGGCAGCCUCCGCCUUGCUCCCCUUCCAGGGUUCCACCACCUCGCGGGGUCCCCAACCGCUAACUGCGCCCUGGUCCCGCCCCAGGCCCCGCCCCACGCUCUCGGCUGGCCGCCGGGGCCAGCAACUGGCCCGAGGCCGCGCCCCAGGAGUCCGCCUACCCCGGGCCGCCUGCCCGGCCCGGUGGGUGGGCGCGGGGCCGCCUCUACCGGCUGGCGGCAGUGACUCGACGACCUUGGCCCAGAGGCUCUAGCGGGAACCCACCCACGGCGGCGGCGCGGACUUUGCCCAGCGCGGUGGACGGAGCGGACCGUGUGUCCGCGGGCGGGCCGCAGAGAUGUUGGCCUUCGCUGCCAGGACCGUGGUGAAGCCCCUGGGCUUCCUCAAGCCCUCCUCCAUGAUGACGGUUUCCAGUCGCUUUAAGACACACCAGGACUCGCUACCCCGGCUGCCCGUGCCCCCGCUCCAGCAGACCCUGGACCAUUAUCUCAAGGCGCUGCAGCCCAUCGUGAGCGAGGAGGAGUGGGCCCAAACCAAGCAGCUGGUGGAAGAGUUUCAGACCGCGGGGGGCGUAGGGGAGCGCCUGCAGAAGGGGCUGGAGCGCAGGGCCAGGAAGAUGGAGAACUGGCUGUCUGACUGGUGGCUUAAAACAGCCUAUCUCCAGUACCGCCAGCCCGUAGUCAUCUAUUCCAGCCCUGGUUUGGUGCUGCCCAGGCAAGACUUUGUGGAUCGGCAGGGCCAGCUCAGGUUCGCUGCCAAAUUAAUCGAGGGUGUGUUGGAUUUCAAGGCCAGGAUUGACCACGAGACCCUGCCCGUGGAGUACCUGGGGGGAAAGCCGCUGUGCAUGAACCAGUACUAUCAGAUCCUGUCCUCCUGCCGCGUGCCGGGCCCCAAGCAGGAUUCGGUCACCAACUUCAGCAAGACCAAGAAGCCACCCAUGCACAUCACCGUGGUGCACAACUACCAAUUUUUCGAGUUGGAUGUGUACCACAGCGAUGGGACGCCCCUGACCUCGGAUCAGAUCUUCACGCAGCUGGAGAAGAUCUGGAACUCAUCACUGCAAACCAACAAAGAGCCUGUGGGCAUCCUCACCUCCAACCACCGUAACUCCUGGGCCAAGGCAUACAGCACCCUCAUCAAAGACAAGGUGAACCGGGAGUCGGUGCACUCCAUUCAGAAGAGCAUCUUCACCGUGUGCCUGGACGCACCCAUGCCUUGGGUCUCGGAAGACGUGCGCCGCAGCCAGGUGGCUGGCCAGAUGCUGCACGGGGGUGGCAGCAAGCUCAACAGCGGCAACCGCUGGUUCGACAAAACGCUGCAGUUCAUCGUGGCAGAAGACGGCUCCUGUGGGCUCGUUUAUGAGCAUGCGGCAGCAGAGGGACCCCCCAUCAUCACCCUUGUGGACCACGUCAUUGAGUUCACGAAGAAGCCCGAGCUCGUGCGGUCUCCCAUGGUGCCCCUGCCCAUGCCCAAGAAGCUGCGGUUCAACAUCACCCCCGAGAUCAAGAGCGACAUCGAGAAGGCCAAGCAGAAUCUCAGCAUCAUGAUCCAGGACCUGGACAUCACGAUGUUGAUGUUCCACCACUUUGGGAAGGACUUCCCCAAGUCUGAGAAGCUGAGCCCAGACUCCUUCAUCCAGAUGGCACUACAGCUGGCCUACUACAGGAUCUACGGGCAGGCGUGCGCCACCUAUGAAAGCGCCUCUCUGCGCAUGUUUCACCUGGGCCGUACCGACACCAUCCGCUCGGCCUCCAUGGACUCCCUGACCUUCGUCAAGGCCAUGGAUAACCCUGAUGUGACGGAGCACCAGAAGGUGGGGCUGCUGCGGAAGGCCGUGCAGGCCCACCGAGCCUACACCGAGCAGGCCAUCCGUGGGGAGGCCUUCGACCGCCACCUCCUGGGCCUGAAGCUGCAGGCCAUCGAAGACCUGGUGAGCAUGCCCGACAUCUUCAUGGACACCUCCUACGCCAUCGCCAUGCACUUCAACCUCUCCACCAGCCAGGUCCCUGCCAAGACAGACUGUGUCAUGUUCUUUGGGCCUGUGGUCCCAGAUGGCUACGGUGUCUGCUAUAACCCCAUGGAGGCGCACAUCAACUUCUCCGUGUCGGCCUACAACAGCUGCGCAGAGACCAAUGCGGUCCGCCUGGCGCACUACCUGGAGAAGGCGCUCCUGGACAUGCGCGCUCUGCUGCAGAGCCACCCCCAGGCCAAGCUCUGAGCCCCGCUGCUCAGGCCUGCCGGUGCCACGGCCAAGCCGCCUUGGGCUGGCCCACCCACCGGGCCCUAGUCCUUCGCUCCCUCUCCCCCUGGGCCCCCGCAGAUCCGACCGAGUCUGGGAUGGCAUCCCCCAGCGGGGCCCGCGGGGCCGAGCUGAGUACCUUCCGUGGGUCCUCACCAGCACCCGGGCUGAGUCCAGAAGCUGAGCAGGAGGUCGGGCCCGGCGCCCAGCAUCUCACCCGCCGUGGCCUCCUCCUGGGAGAGGAACCAGCCGAGCUCAUCCCUCGUCAGGGUGGGGACUAGGGAGUCCCUUUCUUACUAGCUCAGCUCUGCCCAGGUCCUCCCGGGUACGCGGCCAGGCUUGGGUCUGUACCCUGAUCCCUAAGCUCCCAAGGACCUAGAGACAGGGUUACCUGGAGCUGGGGGCCUCCAGGCUUCCCCAGGGCUGAGGGGCCAGGGCGCAAGGUGUGCUGGUGGGGGGGAAGUCCACGCUGCGUCACAGCACCGUCCCCCGCGGCUCCGUGCUCUUCUGGGUGACGUGGCUCACAGGCCCCAGCUCGCUUGCUUCCACACAGCUUGAUUCCUGAACCAUGUCCUGUUGUAUAACAGUAUCACGCGAGGCAGUUAAUAAAGGGGAAAUUUGUUGGGAAAGAGUUGUUUCAGCCGAGGAGGCAGGCAGGGUGCGGCAGAUGCCUGGCUUUGCCUUCCUGCAGCUUCCCCCGCAUCUGGGAGCUGGUGUCCAAGCCGCCAGUGGGCCCAAGGGGAGGGCUCCCAGAGGAGCGGAGCUCUCAGGCUUGGGUCAGGAGGCCAAGGGCCAGCUCGGACCUCAGGGCUCUGGGCCAGGACGGCACCAGACCCAGGCCUGCGUUCUUCGUGGAUACCUCCCACCUACCCAUGACUUGGGCCUCUCCAGUGCCAUGGGCUGUGCGCCAGGACAGCCCUCCCAGGGGACCGUGGGGCCCGAUACCCUCGAGUCUGGUUGUCUGGGCAGUGUGGCUGACACCCAGGGCCCAAGGCCUCAUCUGCUGCCUUGCACUGAGCCCAUCAGGAGUGGUGGCUGGGCAGCCAUGCUGACCCCAGCCCCAGCCACUGCCUGGGACCACCAGGCACCAGAUCAUGUGGCCACCCGGUCCAAACAUUGUAUCUGUCCCCAACCCCACGCACCUGGUACAGGCAGGGUGUCCUGCCAAAGUCAGCUGGGCUGUCUGUGGAGAGCGGAGGGACUCUGGCCCUGAGGAAGACACAUGUGAAGCCCCAAUUGGAGAUGCCAAGGGUGGGAGAGGCUACCCAGCCUGUGGGGGCGGUGCUUCAUGGCCUGGCUGACCUGCGGUGGUCACCGCGGGAGGCGGGUCCUGAGGUGGUGUCCGUUUUGCAGAUGACGGAACAGGCUCGGGGAGCACGUGCCUCACCAUGGGGCGAAGCCUCGGGGAGCAAGGAGUAGAGCCCAGCCCGUGGGGGAGUGGGUGUCACCCGAGGCCUGGCUGCUCCUUGGGACCCCGGCAAGGCCGGCAGGGUGGGGUAUUGCCAGGGCAGGGGUGCACGAGUGUCCCUUCAGGGACCUCAAGCAGGAGGACCAGAAGAGAAUCCCACCUCAACAGCACAGAGGCCUUGCUCUGCAGCUGGGGAGCGGGGCGGGCCCCUGGUGUCCGCAGGCUGGGUCUCAGGAAGCAGGGCCCGCAGCCGGAGCUGAGCGUGCCCUGUGUGAGCAGCGCUAGGGCGGAGCUGCACCGACCCAGCCGGGGGCAGGCAGGGAGGGGAGACAGUGAUGCAGGCCAAGGACACUGCAGUGACACACACCCAGGACUCCUGAAACUCAAGUUCUAAGAACUGUAUGGGUCUGACUGUAAGGCAGGAUUUUUUCCCAAAACGUUAUCCUUCAGAAGUGAGGUCAUUCCGCUGCAUCUGAGUUGCUAUAGGUCUCAUAACACAGAGGCUCACUCGGUUCUUGAGGGCAGCGAAGUACCGCUUGGGGAAGACACAUGUAGCACCUAAACAACCCCAUUCAGUGUCAGAUGGAAUGCUUAGAGGUCCCCGGGUGGAGCUUCUGGGGGAAAAAAGUCAAAAGAACGAUGAAGAUGUAGUAAUUACUCCUGAGGGUGUGACCUGUGGCCUCACACUUUGCAAGUGUUGAAUGCAGGACAAGCAAGUGUCUUACGGGUCUCUGGACGUGAGGGGAGGUAAGUUUGGGGCAGGUCACAUACUCCUACAGGAGCGAUUUUUAAAAUCCAGCUGUCUGAAUGUUACACCAGUAUGUUUGGAAUAAAAUUUCAAGUACACUGUCAUGCAUGAAAUCCAGAAGGUGCUGCUGUAUCCCAAACUGCCUGUCUAGUGGACUCAGGAGAACUAGGUCAGCAGACCCAGAGGUUGCCCAGGGACAACCAGACCCUGAUGCCAAUGAUGCAGAAGAACUUUUUUUUUUUUUGCAAAAUCAGUGAAAAAGAACUGUCCUCAAUUUAUGUACUUUGUGUAAUACAGCAUUUGAAAUUUGAGAAUAAUAAAAUUAAUAAUAAAGAUUACUUGGCUUUUA